AUGAGAAAGUAUAUCAAGAUCAUUGGAUUUGCAAUUCUUGGUUCUUCUGUCCUCACUAAGCAUAAGCAUGUAGAUAAAAACGAAAACGAUGAUAAUGUUUCGACCAAAGUAGUGGAUAAUACGACAACCAUGCUUGAGGGAGGAAUCUAGAUGACUAAAUCAAAAGAUAGAGUGGAAUUUAUUAAGAACAAUCAUGGCAAUUCAAAGACAUUAGAGAACUUUGAAUUCAAUAACUCAGGUAAUGGCAAAACAAUUACUAUAACUAAUAACAAUAUUGAUUUCUUAGAAGUCUAAACCCAAAUAUAUCCAAUAUUCAUUUCGGAUUUCACAAUACCUAUUUAAAAUAACUUGAAAUUAGAUCAAGAUAUUCCAUUGGAAGAUAUUGUAAAUAAUAAUAGAUAACACCAUCACUCUUCUCAUCAUUCUCAUAAUAAUAAAGAAAAGCAUGGCUAAUAAAAUAACUAAUCUAAAUAAAGUCUAAACUAAGUUCCUAAUAGAGCUUCUGAAUCAGAGAGAAAGACUUCAUGUGGUGAUAAAAAUUGUAGUGCUCAUAGAUUGCACAAGCUUAUUAGAGAAAAUAAGCAGAGAUAUGAUCUGACAGAUCUCACUGCAAGUGAUAUUUAACCCAUACAAAUUCAAGAUGAUAUCAUAUACUCGAAUUAUUACCACUCUAACUGA